UCCUGCCCUGCUCCAUUCCCACACCACACUCACAUGUCGCUGUGGAGCCGCGACAGACUGGGUCCGGGUCCUGCUCUGCUCCGGCCGUGGGAUCACCUCUGCUGAAGUUUCACUGGAUAUUUGCACGCUUUUCCAGACUGGCACUUGUCGCCUCCUAGUGCGCAGCCCCGGCAUUGGAAGAAACUGAUUUUUUGGAGGAAAAACUCUGAACCCACAGGAAAUCCUAUCUGAUAGCAUCGAAAGGAACACUUUUUCCUCCCGCGCACGACAGCCAACGCCUCCUGUCAUUCACCAGCGAAGAGAGAGAUGCACAAGCAGAGGACUGCGUGACACCGGCUCUGUGGAUCUAAUUUGCAAAUCAGAAAAGGGGGAAAAACAAGCAGAAGCAUCUACCUCUAGAAACACCAAAAAUGGCCACAGAGGCUUUCCACGCUGCCCAUGCCGCCGCAGCCCCGUCUGCCAUCCCCAUGUCGCCCUCCACAGGAAAGCUGCUGCAGAUGUUUCAUGAGUACCAGAGCAACGCGGUCAUCAUCGAGCACUACAACUUCACGGGCAAGCUGAAGGAGAACAAGUACAAGGAAGGACUGAAACCAGAGGCCAUCGCCUUCCUGCUGGUCUGCCUGCUCAUAGUUGUAGAAAACGCCGUGGUGCUUGUGGCUAUCUGGAAGAACAAGAAGUUCCAUCUGCCCAUGUACUAUUUAUUAGGCAACCUGACCCUGUCGGACCUGCUCGCAGGCUUCACCUACAUGGUGAACAUCAUCAUGUCUGGUGCCAACACGUUAAACAUGACCCCGGUGCUGUGGUUCCUGAGGGAGGGCGGUGUGUUCAUCAUGCUGGCCGCCUCGGUCAUCAGCCUGCUGGCCAUUGCCAUAGAGCGCCAUGUCACCAUGGUGAGGAUGAAGCCGUACCAGGGGGACAAACAGGGGCGGAUGUUUGCUCUGAUUGGAGCGAGCUGGGUGCUGUCUGUGCUGCUGGGCAUCCUCCCUGUCCUGGGCUGGAACUGCAUGGGCCAGCUGGACCAGUGCUCCACAGUCCUCCCGCUCUACGCCAAGAGCUACAUCCUCUUCUGCAUCACCGUCUUCAGCGCCAUCCUCAUGUCCAUCGUGGUGCUCUACGUCCGCAUCUUCCGCAUCGUCAAGGCCAACACCCAGCGCCUCGCUUCAGUUCCGCAGCGCAAAGGCCUCUACCGCAAGUCCCAGAAGUACAUGGCCCUGCUGAAGACCGUCACCAUAGUCCUGGGAGUCUUCAUCGCGUGCUGGCUGCCCCUCUUCAUCCUCCUCCUGCUUGACUUCUGCUGCCCAGCCAAAAGCUGUGAGGUGCUCCUGAAGGCAGACUACUUCCUGGGCAUCGCCAUCUUCAACUCCCUCCUGAACCCCAUCAUCUACACCCUGACCAGCAAGGACAUGAGGAGGGCCAUCCUCAGGCUGCUCUGCCAGCACUGCCUCAUAACAAAAGACGGACAGGUGAAGAAGAUUGGGAUGCCCUUCCUGGAGUGCAGCACCAGUAAGACUGACGCAGCCGCUCACAGACUGGAAGGACUGGAGACAACAGUAUCCUCCGGUAACUUAACACCCUCGACUAUCAAAGCCAUUUACCCCAGGAUGUCUAAAACAUGACACGGCGGCUCAUUUAACACAGAGAGCAAGCACUCACACACGGACAUGGACCGCUAAUCUGAGCUGCAUGUGUGCUCUAGUCGAGCAAGCGUGCACGUCAGGAGCUGAAGUUUUGUGUUGCACUCCGCCACAGUUCUGGUGUUAAUCUUCAUGGAACAGAAUAAGCUCGGUGUAUGUGUUAAGUGUCCAAAUUGGGAGAAAGACAUUGACUUUUUCAAGUUCGUGUGCAUAUUUUCUACGACAGGUUAAUCAUGAAAAACAGGAAAUGUGAAUGCAUUAAUAGUAGCUGGCAGUUUCUUGUUAAAAGCGCAUUAAGUUUGUCUCUUAGACACUGAAAACAAGGCCAGCAUUUGUCAGAGGUCAUUCCUCCAGCAAAAUCAUUUCAUUUUUUUAAUCAGUGUUUGCCUUUGCACAUAAAAUGAAAUCAAAGGCUGUGUACAAGACAUUUCACAUAAAUUCAGACAAUUAUGCUGCACAUCUGAUAGACCAGGACCCAAGCAUGAGAUUUAUCCUUAUCUGCUCCCCCUGUGCAGCAUAUAAUGAUAUGUGGUUACAAACACAGAGCAUCCACACCCAAACCCUGCUGCCAAACCCAUGUAAUUUGUGCCAUGUGAGUUUUGGUCAGCAGUAACGCUGGGUAGAGGUCCCCUCGGCCGAGAUCAGAGGCUCAGCGGCCUGGAGACGCACUGAACACGUCAUGUGGAGGGCCGCGCUGAGCGGUUUGCAGCUUUGGAGGUCCCCUCGACAUAUGUAGCAACACAUGAUGAAUGACUAAAAGCAAUAAAGCUGACAGCGGAGGCUCGCAGACGCCUUCCUGGUUUAACGGACUAGAAUAUCGCAGUGAUGUGUUAAAGCUUGUGGACAAAAGAAGUCCAAAGGACGGAAGGGUCUUUUUCUGAAAUAAUGAAUCUAUUUUUCUCGUGAAAUAGCGCAGAUAUGAUCUUGUCCCACACAGCCCAGAUAACAGAGUGCGGGCUGCUAAGUGAUGGGGAAUUUCAUUGUGGUCAUAGUGACAUAAAAAUGAACAUGUUGCCAAUGGUAAUACUGUACAUAAAUGUAAAAAGGAAAAAAUCUAUUUACUGAUUUUUUUUAGUGUACUUUGUAAAUAUCUAUAGCCUUUUCUGAAUUUACCAGAGCUGCAUUUUGUAUUGUAAAAAAAAAACAUCACUUAAGUUAUGAUGCCAGUUUUAUAUGUGCACUGAAUAAAACAUAUGUGAAUGA